AUGGAGGCGCUGAGUUUCCUCAGUGGUGGUGGCAUCGCCAGCAGUGCCAAAUACUUUGACAUCAGAUUGGAUGACCAGUAUGUCGUUUUCCGUGGGAGCGAGCACGAAGCUGCCAGUGCCCAUCUGCGAGGCACAUUGGUGCUGUGUCUCUCCGAACCGCUUACCAUCAAGCAUCUCAAACUGUCGUUGACCGGCAUGUCGCGGAUAUGCUGGCAUCUCCCCUCUAGCGCUACAGCAGGUGGCCGCAAACCCUACAAAGAAAAGGUCUUUUUCGAAAAGGAUUGGAAGUUUCGGGAUGCCGGAAAAGGGAAAACGGAAAUUUUGCCAGCCGAUAAUUAUGAGUUCCCCUUUGACGUCGUACUGGAGGGCUCUUUGCCAGAAAGUGUUGAAGGAUUGCACGAUACGUGGGUUACCUACCGAUUCAAAGCGGAGAUUGGUAGGAAAUAUGCCCGCGAUAUCGUUAUCCGGAAACCGGUACGCAUUGUGCGAACGUUGGAUCCGAGUGCUUUGGAGCUGGCGCAUGCUAUGUCGGUGGAAAACAUCUGGCCAAACAAAAUUGAAUACUCUAUUAGCACCCCCACAAAAGCCGUUAUUUUUGGCACAUCGGUGCAAGUCGAUUUUCGUCUUAUUCCCCUUUUGAAAGGGCUGAAGAUUGGAACGAUUACCUCACAACUUAUUGAAACUCAUGAACUCACGAUGAACCCGGAUGAUCCAACGACCGUGCAGAACACCUACAAAUCGACGCGAACGAUCAAGACUGAUGAUUACGAAUUGAACGAAGACGAGCAGUUAGAAAUUUUGGAUGAGACGGCGGAAGGAUUCCAGUUUCAUCGCACAUUGGAUAUUCCACAUUCGUUGUCGCGGUGUUUGCAGGACACGGAUGUCAAAGGAAUCAAGAUCCGUCAUAAGCUCAAAUUUAGAAUACAAUUGCACAACCCGGACGGACACACUAGCGAGUUACGCGCCACGCUGCCUGUUUCGGUUUUGAUUUCACCGGAUCUGCGCAUCGACGAUAACAACACCCUUAUUGAAGACGGAGCCGCCGCCCGUCAGCAUGCAGCAGACGAAUUCGCGAACCAGGCACCGCCUCUUUACGGACAACACACAUUUGAUCGUUUAUACAGCGACAUUGACAUGAGCGGAUAUCGCACACCUGGACCUAUGAGCGGCUCUGCUACACCCUUUGGCGCAUUGAGCAGGAAUAUCUCGUCUGAAGAUCUUCCCUCCCUGGAAGCCAUCACAAAUGGCGACAUAUCCGCAUCGGCCUUGCACAGCCGACUUAGCCAUCUCCAUGCCACUCGCGGCACUUAUUCUUCAUCUCCCGGUACCGGCGACAGCCACGAUCAGGCCCAUCCUGCAGAUUACUUUAGCCAGGCGAAUGGGCGCCAGUCAGGCGGCAAUUCGCAUUCACACAGCCCCGAGAACGGCUCUCGACGAGCUUCCGAUGAACAAGAGCGCGAUCAUUUGGACUCUACCGUGCCGUCAGGAAUGGUUACACCGCAUCAACCGCAAUACAUGGAAGUCGAAACGCUAAGCCGCGUACCGAGUUAUACUACCGCCAUCAGAUCGUCCGCUCGGACUCAAUACGAUAGCCAGCUUCCGGACUACGAUGCUGCUAUAUUGAGCUCUGCACCGAGGCCACUUCCUCCCCCGCAACAAGCACAUCUCCGGAGCUCGGGCACCUCUUCGCCUACGCGGAUGCCGACACUCAACGAGGCGCUUCACCGACCGUAUUACGGCAAUCAACAUAUCGGUCACGGGCAUGAUGACGACGAGCGACGGUUACGUCUCACGCAAGCCCGUGUCGAUAUAUAA